CCCUUCCACCACUCACCACCUCUUCAACAAAAACAAAAACAACACUACUCUCCUUUCCUCCCAUUUCCUCACAUCAAUGGCCGCCUCCACAAUGGCUCUCUCCUCCCCAUCCUUCGCCGGCCAGGCGGUCAAAACCACCCCCCAAAUCCUCUCCUCCGGCCGCGUCUCGAUGCGCAAGGCCACCACCAAGUCCGCCCCCUCCGGCAGCCCCUGGUACGGCCCCGACCGCGUCAAGUACCUAGGCCCCUUCUCCGGCGAGGCCCCCAGCUACCUCACCGGCGAGUUCCCCGGCGACUACGGCUGGGACACCGCCGGCCUCUCCGCCGACCCCGAGACCUUCGCCAAGAACCGCGAGCUCGAGGUCAUCCACUCCCGGUGGGCCAUGCUCGGCGCCCUCGGCUGCGUCUUCCCCGAGCUCCUCUCCCGCAACGGCGUGAAGUUCGGGGAGGCCGUGUGGUUCAAGGCCGGCGCCCAGAUCUUCAGCGACGGCGGCCUUGACUACCUGGGAAACCCCAGCCUGGUCCAUGCUCAGAGCAUCCUGGCAAUCUGGGCUUCCCAGGUGGUGCUAAUGGGCGCCGUAGAGGGCUACCGCAUUGCGGGCGGGCCCCUCGGGGAGGUGACCGACCCGAUCUACCCGGGCGGGAGCUUCGACCCGUUGGGGCUGGCGGAUGACCCUGAUGCGUUCGCGGAGCUUAAGGUGAAGGAGCUUAAGAAUGGGAGACUAGCCAUGUUUUCGAUGUUCGGAUUCUUCGUUCAGGCCAUUGUCACCGGAAAGGGCCCACUGGAGAACCUCGCCGACCACCUUGCUGACCCGGUUAACAACAACGCUUGGGCCUUCGCCACCAACUUCGUCCCUGGAAAGUGAAUGGGCCAGAAUUUGGGUUUAGAAGCAUGAUUCUUUAUGUGAUUUUUUGUAUCCAUCGUCAUGGGUUUGGUUUAUGUGAUGUGUGUUGCUUUUCA